AUGGGCUUUGCCGAAGACAAAGUCUACAGCCACAUCUUGAGAAACCUCAGGCAUUUCAGCACGAUCCGUGUGGCAUCGCUGGCUGACUCCCUGACCUGCCUGACCGAUGCUGACAGAGAUGAACUCCAUGCCCGGGAGGAGACCAGGGGCAGCCAGGCGACUGUCUAUAAGUUUUACCAGCACCUGAGGUGCCGCCAGGGCUGGGUGCUGGAUCUCAUCCAUGCCCUGCGCCUGAACAACGCGGGAGAGCUGGCUGAUGAGCUGCAGGAUGUUUAUGACACCUGGAGAUCAGGUCCCUCAGCUGCCACCUCCCUUCCCAGGAAUCCCCGUCCUGCUGCCUCCAGCAGUGCCCGGACACCAUCCCCAGGGCCAAAUCCUGCUCCGGGUGCUCCGUUGGCUGAGAUGCCACGCCGAGACCUGCCUGUUGGUGUCCAUCCACCUCAUCUGCCUGGUGCUGCCACCACCACGAGCACAGACCUGGAGGCCAGGGCCCCGGUGCAGGAGUCGCUCCCCAAAAAACUCCUGGAGCCAGAGAGUCCCCAGCCUGGGAGCAGGGUCCGUGACAGAGCGAGCGAUGGGCACGGGGGAGAGGAGCAUCUCUCACACCCUGUGGAGGCUGUGCAGGUGCCAGUAGGGACCCCAGGGACAUCCAGUGUGGCCAUGCCAUCAGCUGCUCCCCCAGAGCAGGGCCGGGACUGGCUGAGCCGCCGGCCAGUGUGCGUGGACAACGGAUGUUUUGGGAAUGCCAACCACUUGCACCGCGGCGCUCCGGGCCUGGGCCUGGGCAGGUCUCUUCCACAGAGGGAUGCAGGAGUCAGUCCCAGCCCUGAGCAGCCCAGGAAUGAGCCUGAGGAGAACUCCGAUGUCUCCACGGAGUCACCCCCGAGGCUUGAGGAGGCCUCUCAUGGUGGGGGGCUGCAGCCCCCAAAGUCACUGCCAAAAAAACAGUCUGUGCCCAGCUCCCAGCAUAGAGAGUCCCUGGGCAGCUUUGUGGAUGUGCACAGGCCCCUCCUCAUACAGGAGCAAUUUGAUGCGGAGAAGAAGCUCGCUGGGAUGCUGCAAGAGCAUGGAGGGGAUGGAGACACUUCAACAGAAACAACCACCUUGGUCACUACCCCUGUGCCCAGGGACACUUCUCUAUCUCUUGACACCUCCAUGAAAUCUCCAGUACAAGAGAAGAAACUGUCCAUUGGGAGUAGGACUGGCAGCACCCCCUCCAUGCCUGCAAAGAAGGAAGUGCUCCUGGCCUCGGUGGACCCUCUGCUGGGCACAGCUGUGGUAGGGAGCUCCGAAGGCACAGCUGGGAGAUCAGCCUCCCAGAUGAGCUCCACGAACAUCAGGACACCUCACAGCGACGUGGGGAUGGAAGUGGAGCUCAGCAAACCAGGUGCCCUUCUCUCCCUGGAUGAGGGGAGCCCGGAGGUGCCUGGCAGAUGCCUGAGCACUCAGGGGCCCAGCAACCCUCAUUCCACAGUCUCCAGUAGCUUCAGCUUAAGUGGCGACCCCAUCCUGAUGAGCACAGAUAGCUCCAGCUCAGGAGCAGCAUUCCCCAGAGUGUCCUCGGGGUUUGGAGCAAGUAGAGACUCCUGUCCCACUCCAAGCUGGGACAGCACCUCCCUGGGCACCCAUGAGGUCCACGUGGAUCAUUACCCCAGCACCCAACUCGGCUCCGGCAGUAACGGAGCCAGUGCCCUUGGAAUCUCUCCGGAUGGUGACACUGCAGCCAUCCCGGCUCGGGCCAGAGACCCCGCAGGGGACAAUAGUGGCCCAGCCCUGCCAUACAUCCUUCCAGCUGUGGGCUUUGCUGUCAUUUCUGUGGUGGCUUUCCUGGCAUACACCCGGCUCCAGAAGUAG